CGGCGCUGUGGGCCCGCCGGGCGACCCCACAGAGCCGCCAUAGCCGCCCGCCUCCCCCGACUUAACGUCUCCGCUGCCGGCUCCGCGCCGUCGCCAUGGCCGACGUGGAAGACGGCGAGGAGCCCUGCGCCCUGUCUUCUCACUCCGGGAGCGCAGGCUCCAAGUCAGGAGGCGACAAAAUGUUCUCUCUCAAGAAGUGGAACGCGGUGGCCAUGUGGAGCUGGGACGUGGAGUGCGAUACAUGCGCCAUCUGCAGGGUCCAGAUGCCUGUCUUAGAUGUCAAGCUGAAAACAAACAAGAGGAUUGUGUUGUGGUCUGGGGAGAAUGUAAUCAUUCCUUCCACAACUGCUGCAUGUCCCUGUGGGUGAAACAGAACAAUCGCUGUCCUCUCUGCCAGCAGGAUUGGGUGGUCCAAAGAAUCGGCAAAUGAAAGUGGAGGCUUUCUUAGUGCAUUUGUAUGGAGCCCUGGUGGAUCAUGUUAUCAAGUGCCCUACAAAGGCCAGAACUCUCCAGGGAACUAAUUCUUCAAAUAGAAGGAGAUGGCUCUGUGGUCCUUUGGUACUCCUCAAAGGCAUGGUUUAGCAUUUUGUUAGUUUUAUUUUCAGAAAUUCUGUACAAUUAAGAAGAUAAUUUAUUAAAGAUGGUCUUUCCUACCUCUGUGGUAUGUAUCACACACACUGCUUAGAAGUGCUUUAAAGGAGGAGAGAGCUACAAAUUGAAUGACUUUAUAAUUUACUUAUUGGUAUCCACGGGGUUGUGGAAACACUUCCAUUCAGAAGAGAACUUGUUGCAUGCUUAUAGUUGAUCAGUUAAAAAAAAAAAAAGACAAUGUUACAGAAGUAAAUAAAGUGCAGUUUAAAACCCCCAACUCUUAUCCUUAAUUUGUUCCUAAUAUUUAUUUUUGGCUGGGAGGGGGUGAUUCAUGAAAUCUUUGUAUGAUAUAAUGAAAAUUUUAAGUGUGGACCAGUGAACAGGGUAAAUAAAAUUUAACCUUCAGACAUAUGGAAUUGUGAUGGUCUUUUAGGCUAUUAUCCUCUAUCUUUGGCUCAUCAAGAAAACCUAAAUCUGCAUUCACCUCACUGUCCAAACAUUGAAUGGUAAAGAACAGAAGUAUUUGUUCUGGUCAGAUUAUGUUGUAAUUUAACUGUUUUAGGUGGAAUGUUAAUGAGAAAAUGUUUACCACUGUAGCAUUGGGUCAGAAUGUUUAUUUUAUUACACAGUGUUUUAAUAAAUGGUUUAUUCUGUUUACUUCA